AUUGAGAUGUUCUGAUAAGUCAACAUCAUGGAAUGGAUCCUUCUCACCUAGAGAAAUCAAUUGUUUGCGUCUGACCAUCAACGCUGCAGCCAUAGCAUAAGUAGUACGGACGACACCCAUUCCACAAGAGAAAAUGAUGUUUGUUUCACGUGGAUCACUAUCUUUCAUAACUCUAAGGUAAGCAUCGAGAUAGUUAUCUUCAAGUGGAGUCUCUGGUGAGAUGGGAAUACGGUGGUAAUCUAAGUUGUAGCCAUUAUUCUUAAAUGAAUGCCAGAGUUCCCUCGGUGUGAGUACAUUGGAUGCAUCAACGGCUAACCAAGUUGGUAUAAUUUCACCCUCAGCAUUUUCUUCAUGUGUCAUAAUAAGAUCGCCAUACUUUCUUGAUUCACUCAACACAUCUGCUUUUAAGCGUUCCUCGAUACCUUCCAAAGAUUCAGCGCGAUAGCUCAACUGCAUGCCGCGUUUAGGGUUUGUUGCAUGGCGAAGAACAUAAGACCGUCCAGAAAUGUAAACGAUCGGUUCGUCCCUCGUGGACACGAAUACAGACUUUGAUUUGCCUGUGUUAGAUGCUGAUUUGAAUGAUGAAUUUUGUGAGCCGUUAGUGCCAUUCGGAGACACCAUAGGAGAGGAAUUUGGUGCAGCACCUAAUAAGGUAAGUAGCGUCCUCAAACCUGCUAUUGUUGGUUGAGCAGUACCAUAAACGCCUAUCGACUCUGCACCCUUCGGUCUACGGAAGUUUGGGGCGCCUUGGAGGGAGAUAUCUAAUGUUUUUGCACUUCCUGCAAGAUAAUGAUCGGACUUGAGUACUGUAAAUCUCGAUAGUACCUCCUUUGCGGUUUUUGACAGUGUUUGCUGUCGAUAGCUUAUCGAAGAUAGACGCGUUGUUAUUGCUGUUCAGUCGCUUCAGAGGUUUAGAUUCCAUUUAUCAAGUGAUGAUUGUUUCAGAAGAAGAAGUUUAUUGGAAUAAUUCCGUAUUCUCGUCGACAACGGAGGUUCCAAGGGUGAUGGUUCGGCAAUAAGCUUAAAACCGUGGCCUGUAUCAGGCUUUGCAGCUGAUAACUUUAGUAACCUUAUUGUUGUUUACAAAUAGCUCACUAUCUUAAAUUUCCUUCUCACAUCGUGACUACCACGUUAAAUGGCAAAUGAAUUACCUGUUAGCCCUGCAUUAGAAUUCUUAACAGGUUUUUCUUCUAAGAGCAGCCAGUCAAAUUUACUCGACGAAGGUGAUAACGUAGACGAAUUCGUCAUUGGUACCGUCUUAUCCUCUGGAUCGAGUGCCCUAGUUAGAUACGCAAAGCAUCUGCCAUCCUCCACCGCUGUAGCAGUCCGCAUCGUCCACCAGUCAGACUCCAGCGAUCUCUCAAACGAAGUAACGAAAUGGUCUCAAUUUAACCAUCAGAACAUUCUCCCAUUAUUGCACCACUCUACAUACUCCAGCUUCCUCCUUACUUUCUCCCCUAUAUGCACUGGGUCUCUACUUGAUCACGUGAAGAAAUAUUUCAGCAACGGGAUGUCUGUGAACAAAGCACACUCGAUAUUUAGUCAGAUUGCGCAGGGUGUUUCUUAUCUUCACGACGAAUGCUCUGUCGUGCACAGAGACUUGAAAUUAGAGAACGUUCUUUUAGAUAACGCAGGUAAUUGGGUUAUCAGCGAUUUCGGUCUAUCACAGUCAAAAGCCGAUACACUUUCUCAGCCUAUAGAUACUGGCAGUCUUCCUUACGCAUCACCUGAGUUGAUUCGUCCACCUGAUCAAACCUUAGACACCGAAAAGCGUUUUGAUUUGUUGAAGAAGGCUGAUAUUUGGGCAUUAGGUUGUAUUCUUUACGCUUUACUCUCAGGAAAAUUACCGUUUAGCGAUGCUUUCGUUCCACGCUUGAGGAUGAAAAUUCUCGGCGGCUCUUACCAACGUUUAACCUCUGCGUCAAGAUCAAGAGAGAGAUCCAUCACUCGAUCACGCAGUCGCUCGCGACUAAGAGCUACAGAUGAAGCUGAUGAGCUUGCAGCAAUUUCCGUCCUCGAAAUGUGUCUAGAUCCAGAUACUUCAUUACGCCCGCUGAUCCAACAACUUCUGGAAAAUGCUUGGGUCAGUGGUGUACAACACCACCAUUCCUUUGUUGAAACUGCGCGUCCGAGAAUGCAAUCGAGAUCAACAUCUCGCAACAGGUCAAGCAGGUCACGUUCACAAUCACGAGCAAGAGGAAUGCCUCAAGCAAUGCACCAUUUGAGUCCUGUAGAGGAGAAAACAAACUCAAGCAAUGAGGAAGAAGAAAGAGGUAGACCUACAAUUAAGCGUAGCUUAACCAGAGAUACCAACGUACAAUCUUAAUUUAGUAGUAAUGACUCAUUCAUGUGUUGUAAAGUAUCAUAAAUGUACUAUUAUCCGUUU